AUGGCUGUUGACGUGGCAUCCAUGUCGGUGGAGGAGCUGGAGGCUGUGUGGCUGAGGCGAGCCGGCAUGAGGAGCGACCUGAGUGUGACUAUGCCGGGGGUGACUGCAUCAGGAGUGACUACCCUUCCUCUCCCUUCCCUUGAUCUCUCGCCGCCUACCAGUGACUUUUUCCAGGAAUCUUCCUCUGAGGACCCUGAUUCUGGUCGCAACCACAUCGACAUCUCGGGCUUACCCGGAGGGGAAAGGGCGUUCAAGCAGGUCGCCAGCUUCUGCUAUGGCAUGGAUUUCAAGAUUUCACCACUUGAUGCUCCUGCUCUUGCCUGUGCUGCCGCAUUCCUUGGAAUGAAUGACGAUUCCCGAAAGGGCAUGGGCAAGUACCGUGUGAAUCUGCUAUCCUUCGCUGCUGCUGCCAUGGCAGGCAUGCUCAAACAUGCCGAUGCUGCUCUGGCUGUGCUGCGAGGCUGUGCUGGUCUGCUGGCUGAAGCAGACGCAUUGGGAAUCGUGGAUGAGGCAGCAGACAGGCUGGCGGACCAUGCAGUUACCAGUCACAACCUCUGCACCACACCCAUUCAUACCAGUGACGGCAUUGCUCUCCUGCCUCUCGACAUCUUCCUUCGCCUUCUGGCCAAGUUCAAGGAAAAGAAUCUGCCCGAGAAGGAAAUCGGCAGCGCAAUCGCCUUCUAUGCACAGCACAACCUGCCCGACCCGAAAUCCCUCGCUUCCCUCUCUUACUCCGACCCUCCCCCUCCCCACUCCUCUUCCACCUCCUCUUCCUCCGCCUCCUCUCUCUCCCCCGCGCACUACCGUCGGGUUCUGGAGGGGCUGACAGCAGCGUUGCCUGCUGCUGCUGCCAGUGUGCCCAUGCAGCCGCUGCUGGGGCUGCUGCGUUGUGCUAUUGUGCUCAACGCAAGUGAAGGGGUCAAAGCCACCCUGCAGCGCGGUGAGUUCAUGUUCAAGUCAGCGCCUUCCUGUCUUCCUCUCCCUCCCUCUUCCCCAGCCGAGCAGGGGCGCUGUUCAUUGAUGCAUCGCUGGACGAUCUGCUCAUGCUUCCCCUCCCCUCCCUCUCCCACCCUAACGAAACUGUAUCCCCCAUGCCAUCACCCCCUCUCCCUCUCCCCCAGUCGAGCAGGGGCGCUCGUCACUGAUGCAUCUCUAGACGAUCUGCUCAUGCUUCCCCUCGUCCUCCCUCCCGUCCAACAAUUUCAUCUCUUUUUUUCUCACCCUCCCGCUCCCCUCCCGACAACCGGGCAGGGGCGAUUUCGAGCAGGGGCACUCUUCUCCGAUGCAUCUCUGGAGGAUCUGCUCAUGCUUCCCCUCCCAUCCAACCAGUCUAACCUCCCCUUUUCCCUCUCCCACCCCCCGUAUCAUCUCCCGUCGUUCACUCAACCCUAUCCCAUCCCCCAGUCGAGCAGGGGCACUCUUCACCGAUGCAUCUCUGGAGGAUCUGCUCAUGCUGGAGACCAGCGACGUGCAGGUGAGGUGGUAACUGGUGCAGGUGGGAUGGGGGAUGGUGCAGGUGGGAUGGGGGAUGGUGCAGGUGGGAUGGGGGAUGGUGCCGGUGGGAUGGGGGAUGGUGCCGGUGGGAUGGGGGAUGCUGCAGGUGGGAUGGGGGAUGGUGCAGGUGGGAUGGGGGAUGGUGCAGGUGGGAUGGGGGAUGGUGCAGGUGGGAUGGGCCUGGGGGAUGGUGCAGAGGAGCACCUCUCCACUCUGCCUGAUCGUGCACAAGCCCUGCAGGCUGCAGCAUCGCUCAUCGACGCCUACCUCCUUCACCUCUCCUCCCCUCCAACACUCCACGCCGAUGCUGCUUCUGACGGUGCUGCUGCUGCUCCCGCUGCCUCUGCUGCUGCCACUAAUCUUGGUGCUGGCGCUCGUCUCUUCUCGAACAUCAGUGCUGGUACUCCUGCUAAUAAUGAAGCAGAGGACGAAACCUCCAAGGCUGAAUCGCAGGCUUUCCAGCCGGCUCUGAGUGUGGCGGAGUGGAAGCACCUGGUCUCUGCCCUCCCUGCUGAUGCGCGGCCGUCCCAUGAUGGGCUGUUGAAGGCAGUAACCGCCAACCUGACAGCUUUUGGUGCGGGAUUGGCUGAUUGGGAGGUGGCAAUGCUGGUGGGUGUGGUAACCCCUUCCCGCCUGUCCCCCUCAGCCAUGGAAGCUGCUGCUGCUGGGUGCUCUCUACUGCCUCUGCCAUUCCUGGUCUCCGUCCUGCGCAUUCAGAAAGAGGAGGCAAGAGCGGCGCUGCAGCAGCAGCAGAGGCAGGUGGACGCAGAGGAGGCGGAGACGAGGAAAGCAGAGGCAGCGGUGGGGCAGUUGAAAGAGAGAGUGGCAGCACAGAGGGGGAGGAAAAGGGAGGUCCAGAGAGAGUUGCUGGUGGUGAAGGGUCUGCUGCACGGCUUUGCAUCAGAGGAGCACCUCUCCACUCUGCCUGAUCGUGCACAAGCCCUGCAGGCUGCAGCAUCGCUCAUCGACGCCUACCUCCUUCACCUCUCCUCCCCUCCAACACUCCACGCCGAUGCUGCUUCUGACGGUGCUGCUGCUGCUCCCGCUGCCUCUGCUGCUGCCACUAAUCUUGGUGCUGGCGCUCGUCUCUUCUCGAACAUCAGUGCUGGUACUCCUGCUAAUAAUGAAGCAGAGGACGAAACCUCCAAGGCUGAAUCGCAGGCUUUCCAGCCGGCUCUGAGUGUGGCGGAGUGGAAGCACCUGGUCUCUGCCCUCCCUGCUGAUGCGCGGCCGUCCCAUGAUGGGCUGUUGAAGGCAGUAACCGCCAACCUGACAGCUUUUGGUGCGGGAUUGGCUGAUUGGGAGGUGGCAAUGCUGGUGGGUGUGGUAACCCCUUCCCGCCUCUCCCCCUCAGCCAUGGAAGCUGCUGCUGCUGGGUGCUCUCUACUGCCUCUGCCAUUCCUGGUCUCCGUCCUGCGCAUUCAGAAAGAGGAGGCAAGAGCGGCGCUGCAGCAGCAGCAGAGGCAGGUGGACGCAGAGGAGGCGGAGACGAGGAAAGCAGAGGCAGCGGUGGGGCAGUUGAAAGAGAGAGUGGCAGCACAGAGGGGGAGGAAAAGGGAGGUCCAGAGAGAGUUGCUGGUGGUGAAGGCUGCCCUGCUAGAGGACCACCGUGCACUCCAGACAGAGCUGGCAGAGGCGGAGGCACGCAAAGGUGCUCUGGAGCAGCAGCUCAGGGCCGCUGCUGUGGCUGCUCGCUAG